AUGUCGAAAUCAAAAAAGUCUUCGAUACCAACAUCAACAGUUCCGCUAUAUAAAGUCAUCAUGGUGGGAUCAGGCGGAGUCGGCAAGUCAUCUCUGACCCUUCAAUAUAUGUAUCAGGACUUUAUAGAGGAAUAUGACCCAACAAAGGCGGAUUCGUACAGGAAAAAGGUCUCGCUGGACGGAGAAGACUCCUUUAUAGACAUACUGGAUACUGCUGGCCAGGAAGAGUAUGCUGCUAUAAGGGACAACUAUUAUAGAACAGGGGAAGGCUUCUUGCUGGUCUAUUCGAUACUGGAACCAGAGACGUUUGCAAACACAAAGGCAUUUAGAGAUCAGAUCGUUCGAGUACUCGACGAUGACAAGAUACCCUUCAUCUUGGCUGGAAAUAAGGCUGAUUUGGCAGAUAUACGACGCGUCACGACUGAACAAGGAGAAGAGCAAGCUCGACAAUGGGGCGCAGUGUACAUGGAAACAUCAGCCAAAACCAGGCAUAACGUCGAAGAAGCCUAUGAAGCCUUGAUGCGCAUGAUUCGCGUCCGAAAAGAAUCUACUCCGAAUGGAAGUAGACCCUCGUCAAGCCAAAAGAAAGAUACCAGUAAUAAAAAAUGUGUAAUUUGUUGA